AUGCAGGAAGUACUGAAGGGGAAUAAUUUUGUAGAUGUAACUUUGAAGAAGGAUAGGUUUCUGGAGAAGGAUGGUUUGGCAGUUCAAGAGGUGCCUGUGUUAGUUGAAGAUGUGCCAUGUACUGAGGCAAUCGAGCAGCCAGUCAGGAAAAAAAAGGGUCAAAACGGGCCUUUACUCCUCAUGAAGAAUAUGCAGCAGGAUGACAAUAGUCAUGCAUUUAGAGAAUGCAUUUUCAUACACUGGCUCAGGUACUCACAUUUUGGUGGGAACGUGGCAGCGCCCGAUUUACUAGACCCUAAAUCUGCAACUCAGAAUGCAAAACCAAGGUUAUCCUUUCUGCAAAGCCGACGGUUUUUAACUUCAGGAGAUGACAGCGACCUGAACCCAAGUGUUAUGAAAUGGAAGACCGCCUCAGUUUAUUUUCUGGUUGUGGUGCUCUAUUUGAUAAUCGGCGCCACAGUGUUCCGAGCGCUUGAACAGCCUACAGAAAGCUCUCAGAAGACUGCGAUUAUUAUGCAGAUUGAGUUUCUGGAAAAGCACAUGUGUGUCAAUUCCCUGGAGCUAGAAUUAUUGAUUCAGCAUGUGAUGGAAGCUGUAAAUGCAGGUGUUAAUCCUGCAGGGAAUUCUACCAAUCAAAGCAGCCACUGGGACUUAGGCAGCUCCUUCUUCUUUGCUGGCACCAUUAUAACUACCAUAGGUUUUGGAAAGAUUUCUCCAAUUACUGUAGGUGGAAAAAUAUUCUGCAUUAUUUAUGCCUUAUUAGGAAUUCCACUGUUUGGGUUUUUACUUGCUGGUGUUGGUGAUCAGCUAGGAACAAUAUUUGGAAAAGGAAUCGCUAAAGUGGAAGACAUAUUUCUUAAAUGGAAGAUCAGUCAAACAAAAAUUCGUGUAAUCUCCACUUUCUUGUUCAUACUAUUUGGAUGUCUAUUGUUUGUGGCUAUCCCUGCUAUGAUAUUUAAACACAUAGAAGGUUGGACAGCUUUGGAGUCUAUCUAUUUUGCAGUGAUCACUUUGACAACAAUUGGAUUUGGUGAUUAUGUGGCAGGAGAGAGUCCAGAUAAAGAAUACCUAGACUGGUACAAACCUGCUGUGUGGUUCUGGAUCCUGGUAGGACUUGCCUACUUUGCUGCUGUUCUGAGUAUGAUCGGAGAUUGGCUUCAUGUCAUAUCAAGAAAAACACAGGAAGAGGUUGGGGAGAUGAGAGCUCAUGCAGCUGAAUGGACAGCCAAUGUCACAGCAGAUUUAAAGGAGACACGCAGAAGACUGAGUGUGGAAAUUUACGACAAGUUUCAAAGAGCUGCAUCCAUCAAGAAAACUGUCCUCGAGCUGGGAGGACAGCAAAUGCAAGAGUUAACUCCAAGCAAGAGAACAUUGUCUGUCAAUCUAACUGAUGGAAAAGAUACUUUGCCCACUUUGUCAAAGAAUGGUGGUCUUUAUCUUAAUGGGUUAAGUUCUCAGUUUCCCAGUGAAGACAUCUCAGUUAUUGAAGACAUCAAACAGCAAGCAUGA